UCUCCUUUGGCUGGCAGAUCAGAUCCACCCUGUCUGGGCACCGGCUCCCAUUCUUCAGGUUCCGACUUCCAACGGUGCCCAUAGCAGUGGGGCAGGCAGGAACAAAGCAAGGAGGCAACAGAGACAAGCAUGGACAGCAGAAUCCAAAUCAUAGCCCUCUCCCCUAUGGUGUCCACAUGGAGGGGAAGCCCUGGAGAGUUUCCAGCCCUUCCUUCCAUCACAAGGGCAUACGGCAGACCCUGAACACCCUGCUCUGGGCUGGGCACAUCUCGUAGCCACCCCAGUGCAAUGCUGUCCCCCUCCCAGCCGUGCACCCCAGCUCCAUCGCAAGGCUGGUGGAGAAAAGCCACCUCCCCCAGCUUAUCAAAUUUGGCCAUGUCUGAAAAGCUCUGGUUUCCUUUUCACCAAAAAAGAUCAAAACUGGGUAAUUGGCUCCCAUUGCGGAUGCCUCUGAGCCUCUCUCAUGUGUAAACAGCAUUGCCGAGUGCUGACACAACGCAGGCGGCCGCGCAGCCCGGCACCCUCUGGGCAUGGCCAGGGGCUGCGUUCUGCCCUGCGCUGCCCUGGGGAGCGCACAGCCAGCGUUGGGUCCCAGGCACUGCAAUAAUUUGGGUGCAGGUGGCUGCAGAGUCACCGGGCCCCCAUCAGCUGACAGAGGUGACACUGCUCAUUGACUGGGAGACGCCACAGCCCUGAAGCACUGUGCUGGUGAAUGCCCUUGGGGGUGUCAGCAUGUUUCCUGCAGCAUCUCUGGGUUGUGGUAACCAAAAGGAGGGGAGACACAGUAGGAAGAGGUGAUGACUUUCACCCUGUUUCCUGGGUUGAGGCUCAAUUCCUGGACUGGGAAAAGGAAGUGGAAAUUUCCAACUGCCCUACGAAGCACAAGGGCCUUCCAGCCUGUGGAUGGGGGGAUGUGGAGUAAGCGGGGGGCAUUCCUCCAGCAGCCAUCCCAGACGUGGGACAGCAGACUUCAAAGCUUAAAAGGUGCCCCCCGAGGAGCAGGGAACAGCACCAGGCACCUCUGCAGUGAGCGAAGCUGGUGGGGUUUGGGAGUGGACAGAGGGAGGGAUGGAAGAGGGAUGGAGGAAGGGCACUGCGCUGCGGUUGGGUGGAGGACAGCACCACCGUGCGGUACAGCAUCCCUGGCUUCAAGGACACGGAUUGCAUCCCUCCCCCUGCUCCCUGUCCCUCCUUUAUAGGCGCCCGCAGUCCCCAGCCCCGGAGUCAGCACCUCCCGUGCCUCAGUUUCCCUCACUGCAGCACCCCCAGGCUCGACCUGUGGAUGCAGCACAGCACUGAGGCAGCAUCUCCAGCACACUCCCAGGACACCCCCAGCCUGCAGCUCAGGGCACAGCCCCAGGCACAGCCGUCGGGCUGCAGACAACAGCAGGGAAGAGUCUGGUGACAGAUAGCCGGGGUGCGGGAUGCAAUGGUGUGAGUCAUGGGGGUUCCUGGGCACACACAGCGGAGCUGCUGGUGGCACACACGUCACUGGGGACCCUCAGUUGUCUCCACAGAAGCUCCAGGCUACCUGCACACUGUGCCACCAGCAUAGCACACAGCCCACCGUCCUCCUGCCAGCACCUGCUCCAGCAGUGCCCCCCAGCCAUGGGGGCUAUCACCAAGGCUGUCACCGUGCUGUCACUGCCAGCAGAACCCCAGACAUUUCUCUGAGACAAGUUCUGCCCCUGAUCCUCUCUGCGUUGCCUGCUCCAGGAGGGACAGCCAGGGUUGCUGCAGCCAGCACCCGGGAGGAGGCGGUGGCCGAGUCCCAGACCACGCUGGCCCCGCCCUGAGCUGCUGACACCUCGGGGACGCGCCGGACACACCUCCGGGGAAGCGCCGCGGGGCUGGGGCUUUCCCUAUUUAGCUGCGGGGCUCGGCUGUGCCAGCCGCACUGCGGGCAGCCGUCCGGCCCUCCGCCGCGAUGGAGCGGGCUCCCAACCUGCUUCUCCUCUGCAUCUUCACCUUUGCCAUGGUUCUGGUGCCAGAAGCCAAGGAUGAAAGCAGAGCAGCCAAGGGGAGGAGAAGGGGCCCUUCACGGCUCCCCAUGGCCGCUCCCGCCCUGGCCAGGGCCCCGGAUGACCCCUACACUCCAAUGGAGGACUAUGAGCGUAGCAUCCAGGACAUGGUGCACCAGCUGAAGAAUGGCUCUGAGCCAGGCGACACCAAGUGCCAAGUCAAUUUGCGUCUCUGGAGGUCCAACCGCAGGAGCCUGUCCCCCUGGGCCUAUAGCAUCAACCACGAUGCCACGCGAAUCCCGGCAGACAUCCCUGAGGCCCGGUGCCUCUGCACUGGCUGCAUCAACCCCUUCACCAUGCAGGAGGACCGCACCAUGGCCAGCAUUCCCAUCUACAGCUGGCUGCCUGUCCGCAGGCUGCUCUGCCAGGCGCCAGGCGAGGUGGGGCACAAGGCUGCCAGGAGGAAGAAGUGUCACAAGAAGUACCAGAUGGUCAUGGAGACCAUCGCUGUGGGCUGCACUUGCAUCUUCUGAGGUUGCAUAAUGAAUGCCCAAACUCAUCUAAGGGCAUAUAAGUAGCUUGCUCUUGCUUAUCAAGCAUUGCCAGGCUCAGCAUUGGGGCAAGGAGUGCGUCCAAGGGCUCCCCAAAAUCCCCCUGCAGAUUCCACUAGCCUCAACCCAGGCUGAGGACACGCAGUGCUGGGGCAGCCCUGCAAGCAGCCCAGCACAUCAUCCUGCCUCUGGCCUCGCCAGGAGCUUUUGAACCCCCAGUGAAAGGCCAAGGAGAAUGGAGGGGGAAGGUCCUCACCCACCACCCCCAGCCCCAUGUGCAAACUGCAGCCCAGGGCCUGGCAUAGAGGCAGGGGGUGGGGAGCAGCUGAUGUCCGGGGGAAGCUGAGGCAGCUUUUGAGGCCCUAAAUAAUAAAGUGCAUUGCUGGCCCCCGUCUGACCCGCUCCAUGCCUCAGCCUAUGGUGCUGCCUGGGCUGGAGGGCUGUACCCAGCAGGGAGGAGCAGCAGGAGCAGGGUCUCACUACCCUCAUGGCCUUGGCUUUGAAGCCCUACGAGGUCCCUUCCAAAGCAAGAUGACCCUUCCUCACAGCACAUUCCAGUGCCACCCAAGGAGGGAAAGGGAGAAAUCUCCAGCGCAUGGCACAGACAAGCAACAGUGUCU